GUUGCGUGAUUGUGGUUUAACAGAGGAAAACUGUUCAUGUCUCGCUACAGUCCUGAGAUCAAACUCCAGUCUGAAAGAACUUGACAUGAGCAACAAUAAUCUGCAAGAUUCAGGAGUGAAGAAACUCCAGACUGGAUUAGAAAAUACAAAAUGCACACUGGAGAAACUCAGACUUUCAGACUGCUGUAUCACUGAAGAAGGUUAUAAAGCUCUGGCUUCAGCUCUGAGAUCAAACCCUUCACACCUGAUAGAGCUGGAUCUCACAGGAAAUGAUCCUGGACAAUCAGGAGUGAAGGAGCUCAAUGAUUUACUACAGGAUCCAAACUGUCAACUCAAGACACUGAGGUUUUUGGGCCCUGCUGCAGAUGAAGCCUGUCAGUAUGUGACUGGAAUUGUGGGUAAAAACCUGUUACUCCUGAGAGAACUGAAUCUGAGUCAACAUGAACUAGGAGACACAGGAGUGAAUCAGAUCGCUGCUCUACUGCAGGAUAAACACUGUCAACUCAACACACUGAUUCUGAAUAACACCUGUAUCACAGAAGGAGGUUGUCAUGUUCUGGCUGCAGCUCUAAAUUCAAACCCUUCAAAUCUGACAGAGCUGGAUCUGAGUGAGAAUAAACUAGGAAACCCAGGAAUGAAGAUCAUCUUGACUCUGUUUGAAAAUGUACAGUGUAGACUGGGAAAGCUGAAACUUUCAGACUGCAGUAUCACUGAAGAAGGUUAUAAAGCUCUGGCUUCAGCUCUAAGAUCAAACCCUUCACACCUGAUAGAGCUGGAUCUCACAGGAAAUGAUCCUGGACAAUCAGGAGUGAAGGAGCUCAAUGAUUUACUACAGGACGGACUCUGUUCAUUAAAGACCAUCAGGUGAAAA